CAGUGUCUCUACAGCCCGCUGAUGGGGUUCGAGGGGGAGCUGCCCCUGCACCACUCCUCCUUCCUCUCCUCCGAGGGGGGAGAGCUGGGCAAGGAGCUGUCGGACGAGCUGGACCUCAGCUUCCUCCCGGACGAGCUGAGCGUGCAGGACGCGCCCCCGCAGACAGGGGGCAGCGCAGAACAGCAAGACAGCGGCUUCACUGGGGAGGGGGUCUCUGUGGAGGACAUGAGCGGCGCUGAGCACAACCAGGCCUCCCCGUUCUGCCCCAUGACUCCCAUGACCCCCAUGACCCCAAUGACCCCUGCCUCGGAGAGUUCCGGAAUCGUCCCCCAGCUGCAGAACAUCGUGUCCACAGUGAACCUGGUCUGCAGGCUGGACCUCAAGUCCAUCGCUCUGCAGGCUCGCAAUGCAGAGUACAACCCCAAGCGCUUCGCCGCGGUGAUCAUGAGGAUUCGAGAGCCCAGGACCACCGCGCUGAUCUUCAGCUCUGGGAAGAUGGUGUGCACUGGAGCAAAGAGUGAGGAGCAGUCCCGGCUAGCUGCUCGGAAGUAUGCCCGUGUGGUCCAGAAGCUCGGCUUCCCGGCCAAAUUCCUAGACUUCAAGAUUCAGAACAUGGUGGGGAGCUGCGACGUCAAGUUCCCGAUCCGCCUCGAGGGCCUGGUCCUCACGCACCAGCAGUUCAGCAGCUACGAGCCGGAGCUGUUCCCGGGGCUGAUCUACCGCAUGGUGAAGCCGCGCAUCGUGCUGCUCAUCUUCGUGUCGGGGAAGGUGGUUCUGACCGGGGCAAAAGAGCGCUCUGAGAUCUACGAAGCCUUUGAGAACAUCUAUCCCAUUCUGAAGGGAUUCAAGAAGGUGUGA